AUGGGAGAUAAGACUAGCUUCUGGUUAGAGGACUGGACUGGUUUAGGCCGUCUUGAGGGUCGCUUUCACAGGAUGUAUAAUUUGUCUAGGAAUAAGUAUGCUGCUAUACAUGAGAUUGGUGAGUGGCGGGGUGGGGAGUGGACAUGGAGGCUGAAGUGGCGGCGGGAGUUGAAAGGGAGGGAGGAAUUGUGGUGGCAGGAAUUGCUUCAGGCAGAGGAGGUGGAGUUGGAUCCUGGGGUUGAUUUCAGGUUAAUUUGGGCUAGCCUAGCUCCGUCUAAUGUGAAAGCGUUUGUCUGGCGUCUGAUGCUCAACCGUGUUCAAACAAAGACCAAUCUGCGGCGGCGCCAUGCCAUUCGCGAUGAUCAGAGUUUGGCUUGUGCAUUCUGUCAGCAUCAGGAUGAAACGAGCGACCAUUUAUUUUGUUCUUGUGCGGUUUCUAUGGAGACUUGGCGCGCGGUGCUUCGCUGGUUUGGAGUGUCCACCGCUUUACCAGCGCGGGUGAAGGCCUUGUUCGUCCAAUUCCCAGUGUUUGGUCGGGGCAAUUCCCAGAAAGUUGCGUUGGUGACAGUUUGGAUGGCAACUUGUUGGUCUCUCUGGUUGUUCCGUAACUGUAUAAUCUUUGAUCAUGGAGCACUGGAUGCGGGUCAGGUUUUGGACUUGAUUCAGGUUCGUACUUGGCACUGGAUAAAGGCGAAACAGGUGAAUUUCCGGAAUUCGUUAUAUGAAUGGAAGAUGUGCCCGAUGGCUUGUUUGGAGUCUUUGUGA